GCUUGCGGUACAGAUUCCGACGUGCUUACAUUACUAUUAAUUGUAGUUAAAAUAAUCAGAUUUUGGACGUCAUGUAUUUGGACAGUAAACGCAUUUAUUCAUAAGCAUUCACUGCAUUCUGACAGAGUAGCUUAUAUCAGUACAUGAUAAUAACCCUAGAUCUAAUGUCUAACCUUAACGUACAACUACCUACUUUAAUUCCAGUUCCUAACAUCAGUUUAAAACCUUCAUUCAACUUUAGUAAGCAGAAAGGGACUCUCGAAUAUGAAGUUUUAACGGCGACAAUGCAAUCGGAAUUUAACGGGUGAAUAGUUUCAUAUUCUCCAUUCUGGAACAUAUGGAGUUGUGUGAGUCUGUUGGUGAACUAUCUGGUAGUUCAGAACAUAUACUGCUUAGAAUAUUCAGUCAGAAACCGAUAUGCAUAAGGUUUUCUACAGAGGAAUCUUUAUCUUUAUGCUUUCUAAAACUGAAAAUCUUGCUUACUUCGGCUGUUUUUGUUCAUGAUUCUGUUUGCUUAUCGGCGAAUUCGACCAAAGAGCAUUCCUCUAAAAUGAUUGACUCCUUUAGGAAGCUAAAAGACAACAUAAAUUUGGCAGCACUCAUAGUAUUUUUCAGUCUUGAUAAUAACACUUGUGAUCACACUCCAACUCUACAGAUUUCUCAUCAUUCAUUUGGCUACUCCCAUCGUAUACCGAUAGAUUUGAUUUGCAAUUUCAACAACAAUGAAUUAAUGCACAGAGCUCUGUGUACAAAAUUAUCUUCAUUUUUGGACAGCUACCAUCGCGCUCUUCUGUUUCUUUGGAGGGAAGUAAAGUUUCCUCCAAAAACAUUAUUAUCUUACCAUUACGUAGUUCGGUCUUCUAUGUACAGUAUACGUCUCCCGUGGAGGAUCGAAGAAACACGUGAAGAAAUUUGGCGGAAGAUCAUUCAUGAAAAAUUCAGUCUUCCACUGGAUACUCCACUCGUCCGACGAGGUCAGGCUUUACAUCCAGUACCUAGAAUAGUCACUUGGCUUGGUCCGUCCUCUGAACUUCUUGUGUGUCCUCAUGAAGCCGUUAAACAAGCACCUAAUAUAGGUCAAACCUACAUCGUUACAGGUCGGUAUACUUAUAAGCAUUAUCUUCAGGACGGAGUAGAUGACAGAAAUUGGGGUUGUGCAUAUCGAUCGCUCCAAACACUAGUAUCUUGGCUUAUGUGGCAAGGUGAAAUAACUCCAGGCCCAAUACCAUCUCUCAGAGAUAUUCAAGCUUCCAUUGUACGUUUUGGGGAUAAGCCAAAAAGUUUUAUCGGUAGUUGUCAGUGGAUUGGCUCGCUAGAGGUGAGUUAUUGUUUGCAAGAAUUAUACAACAUUCAGUGUCGGCUUUUGCACAUCCCACAAGGACAUCAGAUGAACCAGUUAGCAGCACAUGCUCUUGCACAGCAUUUCACUUCCGGUGGAGGACCAGUUAUGGUUGGUGGUGGCCAAUUAGCUCAUACAAUUAUUGGUGUUCAAUUAUGUGAGUCAACAUUAAACGGUACUGAAUCUUCGUCAUAUCGCUAUUUAAUUCUGGAUCCUCAUUAUACUGGCCCCUUUGGAAAUAUUAAGCUUAUUACCGAAAAAGGUUGGUGUGGGUGGAAACUUCAAAGUUUCUGGAAAUCCAACGUUCAUUAUAAUCUUUGUCUUUUACCAGCCAGGAAAAGUAGUUGUGUAUGAUCUGAUUUUCCCAGUCUUUUCAUAGUACAUAUUUUUUGUUGAUAAAUCUAAUCAGUAAUUUCUUCAUGUUCAUACCAAGCUUAUUUCCCAUAUAAGUUAUUUUUUGUGAUAAAAUAAUCCAAGUUGUUAACAUUCCUUCCUAAUAAGGGUUUACUAAUUUCUUUCAUAAUGCUUUAUUACUGAUCUAAUUAUUGCAUAAUUAGUCCACCAAAUUAUCCAAAGCUGUUACACCGUAGUACUAAUGAAGUAUCGGUUUUUACAUUUAUUACAUGUAUGACACAUUUAUUUAUGAAUUAUAUCAGUACUGGGUUCAA